GCGGCAGGUAGGAGAAGGAGGAGGAGGAGAUCGUCGCCAGAUCGCCGCCCCCCGCGCCGCGCCAUGGAGACGCUGGAGAGCGCCAUGCGGCGGGAGAACCGCCGCUUCAAGGGCCCCUCCGCCUCCGCCUCCGCCUCCGCCGCCCUCUCCUCCGGCAGGGUCCCCCUCGUCAUGGCCUUCCUCUCCUGCCUCGCGUGGCUCUACGUCGCCGGCCGGCUGUGGCAGGACGCGCAGACGAGGAUGAUCCUCUCCGGCCUCCUCGAGAAGAACUCCGGCAAUCUUCCGAAGGUUCUGUCGGUGGAGGACAAGCUGAGGAAUCUAGGAUGCAUUGGGAUCGGUAGGAAGAUUGCGGAGGCAGAGAUGGACCUUACGAAGGCGAAGAGUGAGGGGUAUUUGCGGGGGAAUGGAACUGCUGCUACUGGUGGUUCCGACAAGAAGAAGCUCCUUGCUGUUAUUGGAGUUUACACUGGUUUUGGUUCCCGGCUCAAGAGGAACGUCUUCCGUGGCUCCUGGAUGCCGAGAGGUGAUGCUCUGAAGAAGCUUGAGGACAAGGGUGUGGUUAUUCGUUUUGUUAUUGGUCGGAGUGCAAAUCGAGGUGAUAGCUUGGACCGUAAUAUUGAUGAAGAAAAUCACCGGACUAAAGAUUUCUUGAUUCUGGAAAGUCAUGAGGAAGCAGCAGAGGAGUUACCUAGCAAAGUUAAGUUUUUCUUUAGUGCUGCAAUUGAAGCUUGGGAUGCAGAGUUCUAUGUCAAAGUUGAUGACAACAUUAAUCUUGACUUGGCUGGCUUAAUUGAGAUGCUUGAAGGCCGUCGGGGUAGCCAAGGACUGUACAUGGGUUGCAUGAAAUCAGGAGCUGUCGUAAGUGAAGAGGGCCAACAAUGGUAUGAACCUGAAUGGUGGAAGUUCGGAGAUUCAAAAACGUAUUUUCGCCAUGCUUCUGGUGCUUUGUUUAUCCUCUCUAACAAUUUGGCACGCUACAUCAACAUAAACAGUGCAUCAUUACAGAGUUAUGCCCAUGAUGACAUAUCAGUAGGUUCAUGGAUGAUGGGGCUGAAUUCUACUUAUGUUGAUGACGACCGUUUGUGCUGCGGCAGUUCUAGACAAGAGAAAGUAUGUUCCCAGGCGUGAGGGAGCAGGACUGGCUCUGACGGUGGUGUCCUGAUGAAGAGUGGAAUACAAAUGGAGGCAGGGCUGCGUCAGCUGCCGCCAAGGUAGAUGCUUUGCUGCGACCACGAUCGGUACAGAUCCUGGCAGAUCGCCUCGACUAGAAAAUGACUCAAAACAGUCUGCAGGGUCAACAAGUCGCGUGAAAUGGAUCGGUUAGCGUACCGUCAAGAUCAAAUAACUCGCGUUACUUAUAUUUCGAAAAUUAUUAAUUCGUAAGGAAAGGAAUUUGAGUGCGUUGCAAAAUGAGUUCUAUCUGGUCUCGAAUCAUCACCAACCGUAGCACUGAAGAAAUCACAUAUCACAUAUAUAACCUCUGUUUUUAAUUAUUA